AUGGACUCGAUCCAUGAGGCGCAUUUAGAGAGGAUUCUGGAGAAUCGUCGCCGACGUGGAGGAAACGCCAACUACAAUAAUCGACGCGGCUCCUCUACGGCGACGCAGACUCAGCAGUGGGAUGCUAUAAAAAACGUUGAAACGCCAACACUGAUAAAGUAUGAAUUGAGUCCCACUCCGCGAGGUGUGCCGGGCCACAGCACAGCGGAUGAAGCAGGACAGUGUGAAAAUGUCGCACGGGCGACUCGAGACGAAGCGGAUUCGGGGCUCGGUGUUUGUAUAGAAAAAAGAGAGAAUAAGCACUACAAGCGGGAACGACUCAUUGCGAAUAGCAGUGGCUCUGAACAUGACACCGGUUCUUUCAAGUACAGCUCCUCGCCACGCUUUGGGGAUCGUGAUAACAGCAACCGUGGAAGAUGUCGUUUCCGGGGCAACGAAAACUUGCAGCUUAGAUGGCGCCCGUUGGGGAAUUUCUCUUCUUUCUUUGUAGAAAAGAAUGUUGAAUUUGGGCGUCGCAAUGGUUUCGCCUCCGCCAGGUCUCCUUCUCGAACCGUGCCGUUGCUGACGUAUGGCUCAUCCGACUCUCCCACUUUACGGUGGCGAGGAGUUAGCUCACGUAGGGGGAGGACAGUGUCGCCCCAUGCCCUUUCGACAUGGCAUGUUGGGGCACAAUUAUUUCAACGCCAGGAUGGGCUUCGUGCUGGCGGUUUAGGCAAUGACAGGAGAAGCAACUGCAGGGGUGGAAAUGGGGAGAACCGAAGUUACGGGCGUCAUGACAGUUCACCGAAAAUUUACAUGGAUAGCCCAAGGGGUGUGAAGCAAAGGUCUAAUCAACGACGGCAUUCAACUGAGGCAGCCAAAAUUCCUUUUGGCCCUCCAGAUGAACGUAACUGGCAGGCGGCCGGAUCGGUGAUAUACACGGGAAAUGCUGCUAAAGAGGAAGGGAGUCCUUUUGUUUCUUCGCGACAGCGUCGGCGACCUCCUGGUUCACCGCUUCCUCAAGGGGCUCCAAUUUCCAUGGCAGAUCGAAACAGUAUGACUGACCCAAACAACGACGUCGUUGGUUUGUCUAGUACUCGGACCACGAUAGAUAUUCGUACCAGUGUGUCGAUCUUGGCAGCUGGUGACUGGUUCUACAAGUGGAACGGCAAUGGCACAUCCGUGUCCCCACGGUGGGUGUGGGUGGAUUCGCAGAGUCAUCUCUUGCUGUGGGCGCACAAAGAAACCCACGAGAGCACCUUUGCUGGAGCCAUUAAACUAGAGAAGAUUCUCCAAGUGGUUUUUCGUGAGCUGGAACGUCGGAACGCUGAAGGCGUCCCGCUGACCUACUACGUUCUCCUUGUGGAAACGAGUAGGCGUAUCCUGCAGUUGGCCACCGAAAGGCGCAUGAAAGCGGAUACUUGGUAUGAGGCUCUGAACAAUGUCAUGUCGUAUCUCCGAUCUCGCAAAUUUGGUGCUUCCUUCACUUCUCCCAUAUCGUGA